AACAAAAAAAUUCAUCAUAAUAUUUCAAACAAUCGGCGUUGUAAAAUCGUGUUCGUAGCACGGAGUUGUGUACAGAAGCCAGCUGUUUGUCAUCGAGAUAAAACGUGUUAGUACAAAAAAAAAUACUCAUUCUCGUUUUAGUUGAAAAUCAGCUGUUUAUGCUGUCGGACAUACAGUUUUUAAAAUCCGUUAUUUAAAAUCAAAAUUUGUUUUUAAUUCGCGAAAAAUGUUAAGUUAAUUUUUAUGUGCCGGUUCAAAAUUAACCACACACAAUGGCUUUACCAUAUGUUUGACGAAAAUUUAAUUUAAUUUUACUAAAAAUGUAUUUAUAAAUUAUACCCACGUGCGAAUAAUUGCAUCAGAAAAAUCUGUCAAGCAAAUCUUCGCGCUGUACCAAAAACAACAACAUAUCUUUCGCAGUAUUAAUUUUUUAUAUAAUUUUUGACUUUGUGAUAUUUGCCAAAAAAAAUGGAUUUAGAAAAUUUACUUGAACCAAAUAAUAACGAAGCAUUGAAUAACAAUGGUCCGGCAGAUGAGACGACCGGUUUAUGGGUGUUCGGAUAUGGGUCACUAUGUUGGCAACCCGGUUUUGAUUAUCAAAACGAAAUGACUGGAUAUGUGAGGGGAUAUGCGAGGAAAUUUUGGCAAGGGAAUACAACGCAUAGGGGCACUGAGAAAAAGCCAGGCAGAGUUGCGACAUUGGUCGAAGAACCUGAUAGUAUUGUAUGGGGACGUGCCUACGAAGUAAAAGGUGACGCAGCUUUACCGUAUUUGAACACGCGCGAAUGUCGUUUAGGCGGUUAUUUAACACAAUUUGCAACAUUUUAUCCCCGUUCAUCGUCGAUGAAACCCUUCCCUACACUUUUGUAUGUAGCAACACCGAAUAAUAAUUUAUGGUUAGGUGAUGCUCCCUUAACGGAAAUCGCUACACAAAUAUCCGAAUGUCGGGGAUCAAGUGGACAUAAUGUGGAAUAUUUAAUACGUUUAGCAACAUUUAUGCGUGAUACAAUACCGGAAGCGAUUGAUGAGCAUCUAUUCACGUUAGAGUAUCUAGUCCGUGCACGGAUUAAAGAAAUGAACCUUAAUUUAGAUACAUUAAUGGGUAAUUUACCACAACGACGUGCCUCACAAGACAAUAACCGUAAUAAUCGUCCAGAUGAUGGAGCUGUCGGAGGUGCUGUUGCUCCACCACAAAUACCGCCACCAGUUGAUACGUUCCAAUUCACCGCACAUGUGCCCGAAAAACAGUUACGUUGUCUAAAUAUGUGAUUUUAUAUUUAAUUGUUAUUGUUUUUGUAUGCAAGGGAUGUUUCUAAACACGGGUGUACCCCAUGUUACUAUUAUAGGCCCUAAUUGUUACUUUUUGAUAUAGAUAUCAGAGUGUUUUUCGAAAAAAAAUUCAAAAUUCUGUUUUAUUGUAAAUAUUACAUAAUCAACUUUGAUUUUUAGUAGAAAACAGAGACCCUCCACUCCAUUUUAACUUCUUUUUUACAAAAGUAAUCAUAAACUUUCGGAUAAUUUGUCUCUGUGCCGGCACAGAAGAGAGACAGUAACUUGACUUCUGCAGGUAGAAAUAUUUCCUAGUGACAGAUUACAAUGUAAUCAAAUAAAGCUAGAGAAAUGAAUAGUUGCCAAAUAACAACCCAAUUCACCUAAAAUCUCUCCUAUCUCAUCCACUUUGUAAUCUGAAACAUCACGGACUUCUACUCAAUUUCAGAUAAAAUGUGAAUUAGUCAUUAAAAUAUGGGAACUGGAAAAAAAGUCCUUUUUUAAAAUUUCCGAAAAUUCCUUCUUCUAUUUUAUUCUAGUUUCGAAUAAUACAGUACUCAAUGAAACAGUAACAGUGGAGUUUGAAGUAUCUCUUUUAAAAAUUGAAGUUGAUUUUAGAAAUUUCCAUUAUCUCAUUACAGAAAAUUCGAUAACGCAUGAAAAUUGCUCUGAUUUCAAGGUAUUUAAAUUAGAAAGAUGAAAAGAAGGGACAUUGUGUAUCUCCAUGCGACAAAUUUUAUACGAACCAAUUUCUUUCAGUUUAUUAAAGCGAAGCAAGAACACAAUCGAUUAUUUUCUCAUAUUUUUCUUCCCAGUAAGGUUGCCUACAAUGCUUUAUUAUAUUGAAAUGUGUAAAAUUGAAAACGCUUUUUAUUGAGAACAACUUGACAGAGAUCCAGCUAACAAUCUCUAACGCUACGAGUCAGGCCCGUGCGCAGGAGUUCUCUAAGGGAGGGGUUCAAACUUUUGUUCGCUGUGUUAGAUCAUAAAGUCAAUAAAAACAGUUCUUCUCUAUCGGAUCUAUUUUUCUUAUAUUGUUC